UUUCAUUGCACAUUUAAUUUCUUAUAAAUAGUGGUUGCGAUCGGUUGUCGGAGUGCAAAACAAUUGAACCAGCAUUAAGAAGUGUUAAAAAAUAUUUUUGUGAAAAAAAGCUAAAAUCAUGCGGAUAAUUUGCAUAGCAACACUUUUCGUCGUAGUUUACUUCUACAAUCCAAUUACGGCGCAACAAGCUGUCGAUCCAGCGUAUCUCAGGCAAUAUUAUGCACAAUUGCAGCAACAACAGCAACGUGGCGUUCAGGAAAGCACACCGAUUCACGAAAGUCAAGCUGAUGCCGCGCCGGCUCAGCAAUAUCAACCUCAAGCGCAGCGUCAAUAUCAAGUGCAACGUCCUGCCCAACAACCACAGCCCGUAGCGCGUCAAUAUCAACCAGAGCAGUACCAACCUCAAGCUUAUUCCGCUCCAAAGAAAGCCGCUGCCAAACUUCGCGUGCAACAACAACAAUCUGAAGAAGAAGAGGAAGAAUACGAAAGCAACCCCUCGUACCAAUUCGGUUUCGAUGUGAAAGACGACGAAUUCACCAACUACCAAAAUCGCAAAGAGCAACGUGACGACUCGGGAAUCAUCCAAGGAAGUUAUCAAGUUGUCGAUUCUGAUGGAUUUAUUCGUACCGUCAAGUACACAGCGCAUCCCAAGGAAGGAUUCAAGGCUGAAGUUAUUCGUACCCCGACUGAUAUCGUCAUUAAGAUGCCCGAAGAUGUGAAAGCGCAACAAGAACAGGAAUUCAGACGUGCUCCAGCUCAACAAAAUUAUCAGAAUCACAGACCGCAACAACAAGAAGCGCAUGUUCAAGGUGCCGGCGCGAGAUACAGAUUGCCCAGCAUUCCCGAUAACGUGAGACAAGCCUAUAGACAAGAGUAAAUUUCC